AUGUCAAAAAAUUUUUUUAUUGAUGCUCUACUUAAUAGUAAUCAUAAUAAUCAAAAACGUUCAUCAUUAUAUAUAAAUUCAUAUCUACAUGAACAAAGUUUAAAUUCAGAUAGUUUAAAUUGUCCAACGACAAGUGAUGAUAGUGAUGAAGAUGAUAAUUUAUCAUUAAAUAAAAGUUCCACAACAACAACAACAACAACCGCACGUCGUAAACGAACAGCUUUUACAAAUGAACAAUUAAUUGAAUUAGAAGCUGAAUUUCAACAAAAAAAAUAUUUAUCACUUAAUGAACGUUCACAAAUAGCACAAACAUUAAAUUUAAGUGAAAUACAAGUGAAAAUAUGGUGGCAAAAUCGUCGAGCAAAAUGGAAACGUAUUAAAACAGGACAAUUAAGACAAUUUUCAACAAGUUGUCAAACAAAUAAUAAAAUUUGUUGUCCUAUACCAGUACAUAUUAAAAAAGAUUUUUCAUCGUGA